UAGUGCACGCGAAAGUUACUACAAAUGAAGUACAUCUAUCAAAAUGUUUUACUUUAGAUCAUGAGUUGCCUUACAAAGUCAAUGGUAAAAAUAAGGAAGUUGCUUGGUUAGAGACUUUAUUGAACGAAGAAAAGGGCAGGUAGAGGAUGAGUUGGUUCAAGAGCUUGGCUUGAAAGAGGCGGUAAAAGUUAUUAAAUGUAACGAUAAAAUAAAGUAAUGUGUAAAGUGCCAGUUUCCCUUAUGUGGUUAUAGUGGUGAUCGUUUGGAGCGAGAGGAUAAUGCGUUAUUGAUAACAUCUCGUCAAAUAAGAAUGUUCAAUUUCGUGACAAAUAUAAUUCGAACGGGGGUACAUAAGCCACUGCCAUGCAAACAAAUGUUGGAGGUAUUAGGCAUAAUUUAUUAGAAGUUUAUAAGUUGUGUUAGUUCCAUUUGCACUGAUUUUUUUGACGUUUUUUUCUUUAGGUACUACGACCAAUUGGAUAAUCAUUUGGUUUCCCACCGCAUCAAAAAAACAGAAAAGAUAAAACUACUAAAGAAUUCGCGCUCAGCAACACGUUUUCAUAAAAGGAUAUUGAAAGAAAUAGUGUCUAGGUGGCUUGCCUGGCUUCCAAUGAAAUAAAAAUGGUUAGAAAUAUGUUAUUGUGUGCAGGAAAUUCCAUAAGAUGCGUGUCGCCGAAGGUAAAAAAAAGGAGAAAAUAAAUGGCUUGUUCCGUAUUAUAAUGAAUUGAAUAGGAAUUUUUUAAUGUGAGCAGUGUUGCAUAAUCCUUAUUUUCCUUGUUAUGCAGAUGUUGUACGGAUCAUAGAGAGAAGGUUAGACGACAUUGACAGAUUUGUGAGUUCUGACCUAUCAAUAACGGAACUAAGACGAGUGCAACGGCUUCUGGAAAAGGUACAGAGAAAUUUUGAAAGGAUACGAGAUUCUAUUAAUGACAGUUUUAAACGUUACACGAUAUCCGACAGAAUAGACAGGUUGGUUCAAACUAUGUCAGGAGACUUGCAAACAACCAACUCCCCUUCCGUCACUAUGACCAAUAGCGGCACUCAACCAAGAAGCAGAACUGGUAGAAGAGGUGCACCUGAAGUCGCCAUCGACAAACAAAACUUAGAGCACCUACUUUCUAGGGAUUCAGUGUACGGCAAAUUGCUUCUCAUGGACGUCUUGGUGAAAAAGUACACAACCUAUAUGUUUAUGAAAAAAACAAUAUGGACAGUCAAAAAAACCGUUUUAGCGAAGUGCUCCUGACUCCGUACUCAAAGAAAAAAUCAUUGAACUGAACAAACUUUACCCAAACUCUGGCUAUUGAGAAAUGGUUUCUCUUUUACGAUCUCAGUACCCUCCUAUGAUAAUUCAACGAGAAAGAGUUCGAACUAUGCUGGCAGAAGUUGAUCCUGUUGGUACAGCUAAUCGCUUGGCACAAACUGUUAAACGUAGGGUGUAUGCCGUUCCAACGCCAAAUUCGUUGUGGCAUAUCGAUUCUAAUCAUAAGAUUAUCAGCAGGGUCGGAUCCAGCUAUAGGCGAGGUAGGCUAAAGCCUACAUUGUGAUGGAGCUAUUAAAAUCCUGCAUAUGAUAAUUCUAUGGAGAAGCAGCUCGUGAGAGAAUCGACAAGAAAUAUCCAUAGAUCGCGCGCGGUCAUCGUGUACGUGAAAAUGUUAUAGCCAGUGGCGCUUUGAAUCCCGUUUGUUUACGUUGUCUCGAUAAUCUAACAAUUUUUGUCUUUCCAAUCGAGACACGCCAAUCUGCCUUAGAAAAUCACUUGUCCUAAAACUCGCAAAUAGGCUAAAGUCUGGAUAGCUGUUUUUAGUAACCCAUGGCACACAGUUAUUUCAACGGGGAUUUCAAAUUCGCGAAAACACAGUCUAGUUGCCUACUACUUUUCACUCGCAAGUAGGCUGAAAUUCAACUCGCAAGUAGGCUCAGAGGACUGGUGACAAAACUCAAAUUCGGGUCAAAGUUCAGUGAGCCAGAGAAUAGAUGAUCAAACAUGGCUUCUAGAUACUGCUCAGAUAUGUGUGUUUCGUGAGAUUUGUGUUUCAGUUGAAAAUUCACAAUUGUAAAAUGAAAGAAGUUCAAAUGCUCAAACAAUGGAAACAAAAGUUCAAGGCACCUUCUGCCACCAGAUCUACAAUUGGGAUGCCAAGACUCCCAACAAGUACCAUUAGCAAAGCACCAUCUGCCACCAAAUCUACAGUUGUGAUGCAAAGAUUCCCAACAAGUACCAUUAGCAAAGCUAAAAAGGUGACCAUAAAAUUUAUAUGGAGUCUUACUUUUUGGUAUAACUUUUUAUAAUUUUUGGUGAUUCUAGCACUUCUUAGAAACAAUUCUACAAAUGGAAUUUCAAUAUCGACAAUCACUAUCAAAGGUAAAAAAUGCCAUCCAUUACAUUGUGUUGUAUGACUUCUAUGAUUUUAAUUGGUUGGUUUAAUACCACAUCUUCUUUAAUAGCAAAAGGAAAAGCAGGGCCUGUAAAUGUUAAAAGUUUACCACUUACCUGUAGCAUCUAUUUUACUACGCUUCAACAAUUGUCCCCGUAAAGGUGUAGACCCUUUGUUUUUUGAGCAUAUGGAUAAUGGCUUUGGUAAGUAAGAAAAAAUUGCUAAAAAAUUUAAAAGUUGAAAGAUUCUCGUUAACUAUAUCUAUAUAUUAAAUAUUUAUAGGAUUUCCUUCACGCUGCUUUGACAGUCAAAGACAGAAAACAAAAGUUUGCCUCUGUGUCGAUUUGACUUACUGAAAGGCAGUUUAAAGAAAUCAUGACAGAAUGGUGUUCUAGUUUAACAAAUACAAACUUCGCCUUUUAUAAACAAGGCAAACAACGACAACUAGAAGUUUUAGAUUCUAUGACUCCACAAAAAUUGCAUAAUAGUGGUUUUAAGGGUAUCGUAAUCAUACAAAAACAUUAAGGUAGUUUUGUUAAUCAGGUAUAUUUAUAUAAUGAAUAUUUAGCAAAAUUUGGUGUUAAUCAGAUAGUCAGAUAGACUGCCUAAAUAAUGACAAAUUUACGCCUUUGCUAAAAUUACUGACAUAUAUUCUUAUUUAUUAGCAACUACGCAAGAAGUAUCGACUUCUCCAUCUUUUUUGGAAACAUUUCUACAAUGUUUUCUCAGUCAGCAACUACACGUGAAGUAUCGCCACGUCCCUCUUCUUCUGAAAGUGCAUUAUAACAUUUUCUCAGCCAGACCAUGAUAUCUUGCCAUUUCCAACUGUUGAUCAAACAAUUUCACAGUCACCUUCUUCGGACACACAGCUUUCCUUAAAAGACAUUCGUAAUCGCAAGCAUCGGUCACUAGGACAACAAACUGAAAUUUUGAUUAAUCGCAGCAGGAUACCGGAGACCGCUACUGACAGAUAUAGAGAUGCCAGCAUCGUCAAACAAAUUAUUUGUAAAAUUUUUGAAUGAGUCGGGAGAAGAUGCAGAUGGUGUGACACGCGAUUUCUUUGCUUCAUAUUGGCUGAGAUUUAACCAACAAUAUGGAUAUGGUGAAAAUAUGAAGUUUUUCAUGCUCAACUUGCAUAAUCUCAAUGAUAGUGUGAUUUUUACUUCUGCUGGCAGAAUACUUCUUCAUGGUUUUAUCGUAGGUGGUUAUCUACCAUUGCAGAUAGCACCAUCCCUCCUUUAUAGAGUGUUAUUCAACAAGCUACCGUCAAAGAAAAGUGAAAAAAGAGAUUUCGUUAAAUCUCUUGGUGAAUGUGAUCAACAAAUAAUUGAGAAUGCUAGUCGUGCAACAGCGUUUGAUGCUACAAUAAUCAAUAAGCUUUUGGACAUUUUUUCUAACAAUCAGUUAAUACAAGUUCCGGUUGCUGAUGAUUUUAAAGAUGUUUUGGAAAAAAUAGCCUUUUUCGAAAUAGUUUGUUCACCACAUUUCAUGACGCAUCAAAUGGCAAGUUGCGAUGAAAUGUUUGACGAUAUAAGCGAAGACAUAUUCUUGAACUAUGUGGAAUCAUUAAGACUCAAAGGUCAGGAAUUGGUAAAGAUCUUAAAGGCAUCCUUUUCUACAAACCAGUCCCUUUAUGGUCGUGAGGAAAGGGUUUAUGGGUUUGUUGAAAGGUAUGUGUCUGGUCUUAAUCAAAACAUGGCUUCAAAAUUUACCCGAUUUGUCAGUGGAAUGGAUGUAAUGCCUUUUACCAUCAGGAUUGAGUUCAAAGGGGCAUCCAAUCCUGAGACAAUGUUUCCGAUUGCUCACACUUGUGGGUACGUGCUGGAAGUAUCACCAUAUUUUUUAAAUUACGAAAUCUUCAAAUAUAUGAUGAAUCGUGUUUUAAUGAAUAGGAAUGCCUCGGAAAGAUUUCAUUUGACGUAGCCAGUGACACUAUUUUGAUUUUUUUGUUUGUUGUUAUUAAUUUUAUAAUAAAAACAUACAUAUUUUGACAACGUUUUGGGUGUUCACCCAUUUUUAUUUUAGUUUUACAAGGAAGUUUAUUAAUUUUUUACGUUCAUUAUUUUUUGGUCUUCUUAUUACCUUAUUCAUGGAAAUUAACUAAUCACAAAAUUAACGCAAAUUUUGGAAAUUUGCGUUAAUCAAAUGCCUCUUCUUAAAGUGUAAUGUAAAUAUCCAGGACGUUAAAAUUGAAUUCUGUAAAUUACACUUUUCUUUAAAAACAAUCCCAAUUUAAACAAUCGCUCCAAAAAUUGCCAAAAUUUUAAAGAGUUGCUAAACAAUUUUCUGGGUCGAAUAUGAAAUACAUACCUCAUUAACUUCCUGGAAUAAGAUAUUUUAUAGACAAUUAUAGUUCCACAUUUUUUAAAGGUAAUUUAGAAAUAUUACCUCAUUUAAGACUUUGAGCUCAUUCGGUAAAACGUUAUUUUGAUGAGGUUCUUUUUGUUUCAUAUUUUUUGCUGUUUCUGGGAUCAGCUAUUCGCUUUUUAAUUUCUAACCGGCGAUCCUCUGGCUGAGUAAGGCUUGGAUGAUUAGAAAAAAUGAAAAUAUUGUAAACAAAUAUCACAACAACGUGUAUUGCGAAUGGUUAUGCAAGGGUCGAGUGUCUAAUAUAUUAUUAUCUUAGUUUUUAUUACAUGUUGGACGCCAUGUUUAUUUUUGGCGGUUUUUAUGUCCUAUAUAUCUUUAUUUACGUUCUUAAAUUUUGUUACAAAGCAAUCCUCUUUUUGAUUUUGAAGGCAGAUAUCUCGCCAAUAAGAUAUCUUGCCUCAACUAUUUCAAAGAUUGUACCCUUAAAAAUCACUAAAAGUAUUCUAAUAUUGUAUCUGUUUUUGUUAUAUCUGACUAUUGACUGUGUUCCUUUUUUCGUUGCUAUAAGUUUUUAUAUGUAAUUAUGUAUGUUUUACUUAUUGCUCUUUUUAGAACAAGUUACAAAAAACAAGAAACAAUGAAUCAGUAUGUAAAAGAUUGUUAUGUUCGACCAGCACGUUAUUUUCCAGAUUUAAAACAUUUUUUAAUUUAAGAUAAUUAGUUGGCAAGGUUCAACGCAUUACUGUAUUUUAUUUUCAACUAAUUAAAAGGGAAGAUAAUCUUAGCGACUAAGACACAUUCU